AUGGCUGAGUCCACGGUUAGCGCCGUGCUUGGAAACAUUGGCGGUCUCGUCAUCGAGGAGACCAAGUUUCUGUGUGCAGUCACCCUGCAGGUGGCCACCCUGAAAAAUGACCUGAUGCGGCUGCAGGGCUACCUCAAGGACGCCGACAGCAGACGCCGGUCAGGGAACGAGGCACGAGCUGCUACCUUAGUGAUCCAGAUCAGGGCUGCAGCGUACGAGGCCGAGACUGUCAUUCAAGCCGCUGAUCACAUGGAGAAGAGAAACAGGCUGAAGAAUGGCUUCUUGGGCGCUAUCUCAAGGUAUGCUCGCUUGCCGGCCGACACAACCACCAUUCGUGAGAUUGGUGUUGAGAUUGAAUGUGUGAGGCGCAAGCUCUGUGAGAUAUUUUCCAGUAUAGAGAGUCUGGAGAUAGUUGAUCUCGGUAAUAGUAGUGUUGUUCAGGAUGAGCCUCCAGAAGAGCUUAGUAUUCUGCAGCAAACCAUCGAAGAGGAUAUUGCCAUGGUCGGUUUCCGGGGUGACUUCACAGAAGUAGUGGAGAAGUUAGUUGACAAAGAGAACAAUACUCUUAGUGCUGUCUCCAUAGUUGCCAUAGGUGGGUCUGGAAAAACAACACUCUCUAGAAAAAUAUACUCUAGAAUGUCAAAACAUUUUGAGACUGUCGCAUGGGUGACUGCAUCUCAAAUGUUCAAGGGCAUUGAUUUACUAAAGGAUAUUUUGAAACAGAUUGUGGAUACUAUAGAGGAGUACAACUUAAUAGAUCAAAUGAGUGAGUAUGAAGUAGGAAAAAAGAUAAAUGAUUUUCUGAUGCAGAAGAGGUACUUAGUAGUUCUCGAUGAUUUGUGUGAAGUAGACACAUGGGAGCAGAUAAAUAAAACACUUAAAAUCUUUCCAGAUGCAAACAAUGGUAGUAGAGUUAUAUUAACAACAAAAAAGAAAGAUGUUGCCGAUCAUGUUGAAAUGCGGAACUUUGUUCACACUCUGAAGCACUUGGACGAAGAAGAAAGUUGGGAACUCUUCAGCAGCAAAGCUUUACCAUCAUACAAUAGGCCUGCCAUAAAUUAUGUGCAUGCAUUUGAGGAGAUUGGAAGAAAGCUUGCGAGGAAGUGCAAUGGAUUACCACUUGCACUUGCAGUUUUGGGGGCUUAUCUAUCAAAGAAUCUAAACUUACAAACAUGGUCUGAUAUAGAGUUGGGUUGGCCUGUAUCGACCAACGAAACACCACAGAUGAUGCGAGACAUACUAGCUCGCAGUUACAAAGGCAUGCCAAACAGUUAUUUUAGGUCUUGCUUGCUCUCUCUUGCCACUUUUCCAGAGGACGAUAUAAUAUUUGUAUCUGAUCUUAUCCAAUUAUGGAUAGUAGAAGGCUUCAUUCCACAUACACCAAUUCAUACACAAGAAGAAACUGCACAUAUAUAUGUAACAGGGUUAGCCGAGAGAAGCUUGGUCCAAGUCGUUGAAAUAAGCAAGGCACAUGGAUGGAUUGAGAAAAUAUAG